CAGCACGCCCAUGGAAAACAACCCGAGAACAUAUGUGUCAUCUUCCCCUCGCUUCUUUUGCCCUGGUUCGGCGUGAUCAAACUAGGUUUGAUCACAAUCAAUGAGUGUUGAGUGGGCACCGGAUGGCCAGAUCACGCGCACAUUGCUUACACCUGCCGCUGUAUGGACUGGAAUAGUAAAUGACGCGUGGCGGCAUUUGGUUAGGUAUAGAUAUGGCACGCGUUCUCGGAGAAGUCUGCCGUGUGUCUCUCUUUUCUUGGGCAUUCGCACGAAACGAACGCUUCCUAUGUCAUUGGAGCAGUCAUGCUCGUUAAAUAUUUAUGUGGGAUAAUGCACUGAAUCUCCUUCCACUCUCUGGCGGAAAGACUACGAUUUCCACUACCUCCUUCAUCGUUUGCUUAUCACACACGUCCAUCGCCCGGACGCGGGCGUAUGCAGAACGCAGCGAAGCAUAAAUGAGCGCGGAGCGCAGAGCGCAAGGCACAUUCCCCGCCGUCGAUGCAUAGGGUAACCGGCCAGUCGCGCCAGUCCCAGCGU